GAAUGAACUGGGUGCAAUUGAGGGAAGGCCAUCUUGUCACCACUCGCAAAUGCGUGAGAUUGAAAAUGAGAUGUUCCUCGGAUGGAAAAGAGAAAGUAUAUAUAUCUUUCAUGGAACUGAGUUGAUAAAAAUCAUACAAGCAAGCAAGGAAGCAGUGCCAUUUAUACAGUACCCAUUUUGGCUUGAUCAGGAUCAUAUUGAGGUGUCAGUUGAGUAUGUUGCAUUCACUGAUGAAUCCAAUGGACUCACUGUUCUGAUGACAUUGACAGCACCAGGGGAACAGUCUGUCUCUCUAAUAUUCAAGAAAGAUUGGACUUCUGAAUCAUGGGGGAACCAAUUGCCAUUCUUCAGUAGGAAGGAAGCAAAUACUCCUGUUUCUCUAAUCCAAUUACAUGACACCGAAGGAAGCACAAUACUCUGGGAUCAGAAUAGUGUUUACUAUAACUAUGCUAACGGGUUUGACCAUGGCAUCAUGGUGAUUCAUAAUGCAGAGGAUGAAGAUCACAAUGAUGAAAUAGAACCAUUUAUCAAGCAGUUAACCGUAACUAUGGCUGGUAUAAACAUUGUGUUGUCAUCUGAAAAUGUACUUUUCACAUCACAAUAUCACCAGAGGUUCCUCAUUGGACAUUCUUCACUAGCAGCUCCUGAAGAGGAUCUAGCUAUAUAUACCAACUAUGUUGAUCAAGUCUACAUUUUAAAACUCAAUGGAUCAAAUAUAGUAAGAACAAGUUUUGCCUUGAAAGCUGAUAUUGGAAGUAUUGUUACCCAGCUGGAACAUACUGAAUGUAUGUAUUAUGAGUUUGAAGAGGGUCCCCAAUAUGAGGUUUAUUAUCUGGAUCUGAGAGACUCUGCAGUCAUCUGGGCUCAACUUGUAUUCCCGGCCAACAGGUAUAAUGAUAUCCAGACGGUGAUCAACCUUCCAGACAAACUUAUCAUUGAGGAACAAACAAUGAAAGAUUUUAAUCCAGGGAGUAAAUUAAUUAAGAAGAUUCUCAGUUUACACAGCAAUUUCUUGUUUGAAGAGGGUAGAGGAUAUGAGGAAGCUUUGGAAGCAGCUACAGGACUAGUUACCAUAGAGAUGAAACCUAAACGAUAUGGUAUAGGAUGUCGCUCUCCUUUCAAUAUGGUAUCUGAGCUUGAGAUAGCAUGUCCUCCUCAAAGACACAUCAGAGUUCACAAACCCGAGGAAUGUGAAGAAUACGGUUCAUAUGUCAUAAACAAGAGAUCCUUUGCUCAAGUGAAUGAUGAACGAGCUGCAUCUGAGAUGGUUGUACAAUAUGACAAGCAGUUAUAUGGAUGUCCUUUUAUUCAGACUGCUAGGGAUGUAUUCAAACCAGAAAUUGAUUUAUAUGAUGAAGACACUUUUGUAGAGACAAUGACAGCUGGUUUUGUGAUGUGGGAAGACAAUGGCCGACAUGACUUUACCUACACAACAUCCAUGAGUUCGGCUGGAUGUCUCCGAUUGGCGCAGACAUGGGAUAAGAUGAAAGAAGGCGUAGCUGAUGAUGUUCCAGUGAAAAACAUAUGGGGUCCUCAUAAUUAUGAGAAUUGCUUCAUUUACGAGGUAACGGAGAUGGCGUUGCUCCAAGAACCGUAUCAGAUCUUGAACCAGACAGGAAAUAAUAGUAUCAGAUGGCUUGCCACUGGCUAUAAUCAGCUUUAUCUCUUUUCUCUACACGUUGUAGAUCCUUAUUACAGUUAUUGCAGUUUGGAAGCACGGGUAGCUGUGAUUGUAUCUGAUCAAACUAUUGUUGGAGUCAGAGAGACACCACUCCUACGCAUCUCACUCAGUACAUUUGCAGCAUUGACUGUGUGCAUCCUCUUUGCUACAUACUUCCUGUACAGACGUGGUCACAUACACGAGUUAGCGCUUGAUUUACAUCAUAAUUAUGGAGAAAAAACGGAGGAAGACAAUGAACAGGAAGUUGCAGAAGAAACAACAAAUGAUUGAAGACUAUGAUAUUGUAGUUUGCAAAGUAAUCAUGCAUAAUUUCUUACAUUCUGAUGUCUGCUGGAAAGAGCAGUUUGUACCACAGUGUGUUCACCUUGCAAAUUGUGGUUCACAUUGUGUAAUAUCAUGAAUCAUACUAUUAAAUUCUAGCAUUCUAACUGUGAAUAAGUGUGAAAACAGUCUCACACAGGCAUGCUGUUUCAGUGUAGCGACAUUAUGAUGAAUAUUUUCACAGGAUUGCUACGAGAAAAAUUUGUUGACUUCACGCCCAAGCAUUCCUUGAUAAACUCCUUUGUAAACAAUACUGAGGUGUUGGCCACACUGACACAUUGUGAUCACAGUCCAUAUAUGAACACAUUAUAAACACAGUCCACUUUGCAUAUAUGAACACAUUGUGAAUACAGUUGAACAGGCCCCUAUGAACACAUUGUGAACCCAGUCCGCUAUAUGAACACAUAUUGAACACAGUCCACUAACACAAUGUGAAUACAGUCCAGUAAAUGAACACGAACCCAGUCCGCUAUAUGAAUACAUAUGGUGAACACAGUCCACUAACACAUUGUAAACACAGUCCACUGAAAGAACAUGUGCAGUCUGCAAUAUGAACACAUUUUGAACACAGUCCACCAUAUGAACACAGUUGACUAUAUGAACACAUUGUGAGCACAGUCCACUAUAUGAACACAUUGUGAACACAGUCAACUAUAUAGACACAUUGUGAACAUACUAUAUGAACACAAUGUGAACACAGUCCACUGUAUGAACACAUUAUAAACACAGUCGACUGUACGAACAUAUUAUUAACGCCUUGUGAGACACUGCUCUUUUCGUUCAGCAGAGAUCAUCUGUGCCCCAGCUUAUACCAUGUACACUAGGAGUUGUGAUACAAUCAAAAUCAAAUUAGAAUCGAGUUUGAGUGAUUAAAAUUGUAUUUAUCCGUUCAAUUCCACGUCGACAAAAUUAACAAU